GUACAAGAAGGAAAUCUAACAUUGGGUUAUGCAAGACGAUGUGCGAUGUAGGUUUUAUUUGGUGUUCCAUAGUGGGCCUAGUGUGUUGUGGAUAUGUACUCUGUGAUGUUGAGGACUGGGCAUCUGAUAUAAGAUGCAGGGAUAAUACUCACAUGCCUGUGGAUUGGUGGAUUCUUUAUAAGCCUUCUCGCUCGUCGUUGCGCCGCGGUCGAAACUAUACCUUCCUAACACCAUAUUCUGAAGGAAGAUGGGAAACCUCCUCUGUUCACAUCACUUCUUAUUCUAUGCUGAUGAACACCAUAGCGCCAAUAUGGACGGACGAAUUGGUUCAGAAAAACUUGGCUGUCUUAAUAUACACCGAGCGUUCUGGGAUACAAGGGUCAGCGGCCAAGGGCAUACUGAUGGCUGAUAGGGAAGGAGGUGUUUGGGUGACCCACACCGUGCCUGGCUUUCCUGACGUAAUGCAGGAGAUGAUGUCAUUCCCAGACAACGAAAUAGAGAACGGCCAUUUGAUGACGUGCAUGGCGUUAGACCACGCGGCUCUAGACGGCAUCUUCAGAGUAAUUGCCCAGACAAACCCUAACGUUCAGAAGAUGCAAGUGCCAUCUCAUUUGUCCCACUUGUUGCCUAAUUGGAACAAAAUGCCGGUUCCUGGAGACACAAAGGUGGUUGAUUUUUUUACACAUGACAAGAGAUUAAACCCAAUCUUGGUGGCGCGCAAGCCGGGUGACACCCACUGUCUCUUCGAGGUGUUCGCGAAGGCCAAAAAAGUUAUUUUCGACAUCUACGACAGGAAUAAGCACGAUACAUUUUGUGAUAAAGAAUAUGGCGUGCGUCAAAUCAAGGCGAUAUCCAUCAAAUUUCCAGGUGAAGUCCAUUACAUAGAAAACUCAACCGAUCGAGCAACAUUUGGGGUCAGUACCGCGGCCCACUGGCAGAAAACUGGGGCUGGCCCCACCCAGUACUGGGCUUGUAUUGGUAGUUAUGAAGAACCCAGCAUUUACCCAAGGGGCAGCAUGCUCAUAUGCAUUUUGAAUUACGACGUGUGGUUCGCUUUCAGCAAUUUGAAACUUAAUGAGCCGAGUUGUUAGGCGUUUUGUAUUGAAGUUAUGUGCUGCUAAAUAUUAUAUACUCUGUGGUGGUA